AUGAAGUUCUAUGGUGUUGCUAUCACGCUUACCUUGUCCGUGGCUACUGCAUCCUCUGAUGCAGGAUGGAAGCAUGCCCUCCAAUGGAAACCAGCUGGAGAAUCUGAUUACCGAGGUCCUUGUCCCAUGAUGAAUACCCUGGCAAAUCACGGAUUCCUUCCGCACGACGGCCGAAAUAUUACACGAGCGAAUUUGGUCCAUGCCCUUGGUCAGGCUCUUAAUUUCAAUGGCAGCCUGGCUAGCUUGAUGUUCGAUAUGGGAGUUGUAGCUAACCCGAAACCAAAUGCUACCGUCUUCACUCUGGACGAUCUCAACCGUCACAAUGUUUUGGAACACGAUGCUAGCCUGAGUCGCUCCGAUGCAUUCUUCGGAAAUAACCACGUCUUUAACGAGACUAUAUUCGAAGAGACCAAGGCUUACUGGACUGGACCUAUCCUCGACCCGGACAUGCUGGCAAAUAGCAAAGUUGCACGCCAGAUCAAUUCCAAAGCGCACAACCCUACCUAUACCUUUACCGCAAAGACCGAACAAUUUAGCUUGGGAGAGGUUGCCGCUCCAGUUAUUGCAUUCGGCGAUAUACAAACAGGGACCGUCAACAGAAGCCUCGUUGAAUAUUUCUUUGAGAACGAGCGUCUUCCUACCGACUUGGGCUGGAAGAGACCUGCAAAGGUUACAAGUUUACAGGAUAUCUUGAGUGUGACACAAAUGAUAAAGAAAGCGAGCCGCCUAAUCACUCCGUCAGAGCCUUCUCCGGCUCAUCAAGGAUCUCAAGUCAACUUGCACGGCUAA